AUGCAGUUACGCAUUUACAUCCUAGCCUAUCUCCUAUUAAAGGGGCUGGCUCGAGCCGAAGAAGUCGAGGUUGUAGAAGCGAUUCCGGGGGAAGAUAAUCGGAACGAGAAUUCAGCAUUGAAUCAUCAAGAUAACGAAUUAAUUAAUUCCGAUCAAUUAGCUUUGGAUUCCAUAGCGGAUAAGGAUGCGGGAGGAAACCAUUAUAAAUCGGGUGGCCUCCGAGGUCAUCCUUUAUUACCACCGGGUCGAGGUGCAUUGAGUUUACCGCGUCCGCAUCAUAAUGUCGCUUAUCAUGGCCCACCGCCGCCAUUGCCGCCUUCUAAAGCGCAAUCGGAAGCUAUGGAUAAGAUCUAUACCACGGGCGGUGGAGUUAGUACCGCGAUUGGCGUCGAACCUUGGCCAGCGCCAACGCCUGAUAUGCCGAAGAUCGUGUCGCUGGACGUGAAAUGUGAAAAAAGUCUGAUGAAGGUCUAUCUGGGUUUUGAUAAGCCAUUCUAUGGCAUAGUCUUUAGUAAAGGCCACUACAGCAAUAUUAAUUGUGUACACCUGCCUGCGGGACUUGGUCACACGUCCGUCAACUUCGACAUCAGCAUACAUGCGUGUGGUACGGCCGGCAAUACGGAAAAUGGAUUAUAUGGUUACGGCGCCGAAUCUGGAUCCGGGACGUUUUUCGAAAACAUCAUAGUGGUGCAAUAUGAUCCUCAAGUGCAAGAAGUUUGGGAUCAGGCGCGUAAACUGCGCUGCACUUGGCACGAUCUGUAUGAGAAAUCGGUCACCUUCCGUCCAUUUCCUGUGGAUAUGCUGGAUGUAGUUCGCGCGGAUUUCGCUGGUGAUAAUGUCGGAUGCUGGAUGCAGAUACAAGUUGGCAAGGGACCAUGGGCUUCUGAGGUUUCGGGACUUGUCAAGAUCGGUCAGACUAUGACGAUGGUACUCGCGAUUAAGGAUGACGAUUCUAAGUUCGAUAUGCUCGUGAGAAAUUGCAUGGCUCACGAUGGCAAACGCGCGCCAAUACAACUAGUGGAUCAGCGAGGCUGUAUCACACGACCUAAAUUGAUGUCUAGAUUCACAAAAAUCAAGAAUUUCGGCGCUUCGGCGUCAGUGCUGUCGUACGCUCAUUUCCAGGCAUUCAAGUUUCCAGACUCCAUGGAAGUUCACUUUCAGUGUACCAUACAGAUAUGCCGAUAUCAAUGCCCGGAACAGUGUUCGGAAUCGUCAUCGCUUUUGGAGAGUCAGGGUCUUCUAGAGAAUCACCAUCAUCAUUCUCCGACGAAUGAACAUCCUGACGUCGGAUACGGUCUUCCGCCUCCGAUUCCGCUGCCGUUAGAGGCCUAUUUACAGGCAGCGGCUGGACGGCCCCGAGAUGAAAGGAGAAGAAAAUCCCGAGAAAUAGUGCACAAUCCGCAAAAGGCCGUUGGUGUGAAUCGAAUUAUUCGAGUUGUCUCGACCGGUGACCUUACCUUUUCCAUCGAUGAGAACAACAACAGCGAACUGAAUGGACCAACGAUGGUGUUCCCGCAACGUCAUGAAAACACAUCCAGCUCGACCAUGAUCUGCAUGACCACUCCUGGAUUUGCGAUUACUCUCAUCGUGCUACUCGCCGUUCUACUUUCCUCGUGUGUGUUGUCCGCUUAUCUCUUUAUGCGUCUCAGGCCCUUCUCGGCGAGGACCAGGAAAUCCACGACGUUUUCUAAUGUUGAACAGAAUGGCGCGACGAAGAAAUCUUCGAGAACAUGCUUCUACUCAUAG